AUGGCAGAUCAAGUAUCAUCUUCCUCUUUCUUCACGUACGAUGUAUUCUUCAGCUUCAAUCCCUUAGAUACUAGCAAUGGUUUCGCUGCAAAUGUCUCACAAGCUUUCCAAAGAAGGGGAAUUAAGGCAUUUAUUGAAAGCAGAGACGAAAUAACACCGAUUGUCAAAGAGGUCUCUAGAAAGCAUUAUUAUGCUCCUUUGGCCAAUGAAGAUCAUCUAGUAGAAUUGGACGAUCCUUUGGAAGAACUGUGCUCCCUCAUGGAUAUGAAAUCUGACAGUGUCCUCAAGAUAGGGAUAUUUGGAAUGACUUGUGUUGGUAAAACAACACUCGCUCGAGCAGUUUAUAAUAGAAUCGCACACCAAUUUGAAGGUGAUUGUUUUCUUGACGUGAAAGGAAGCGGACUGGUGUGCCUCCAAAAUAGGCUUCUUUUCGAUAUAGUUGGAGAAGAUAUUCAGAUAGAAAGUGCUGAUAGAGGGCUACUCAAAACACUUGUCAUAAAAAAAUGUCAUUUUUCCAAUGCUCCCAAACAUCUUCCAUCUAGUUUAAGAGUGUUGCAAUGGUGGAAUUAUCCUUCACAAAAGUUACCAUGCGAUUUUGAUUCAAAACAGCUUGUCAUAUUAUGGAUGUCACAAGACAAGGGCGUCGCACUAGCCCUGCUGACUGAGUUAUUCAUGACGUAUCAAAUUAUUUGCAAGGUGAGAGUCGAGACUCGAAUGGUGAUGUUGAGUACUAUGUUAUUCUCCUUUUAUUAUUUUCCCAUUCAAAAGCUUUUGAACCUAACCAGAUUGACUGACAUUUCUAAAGCUUUGCAGACUUGUAAGAGGGCUGCUCGAGUUACGUUGCAGGCUUCUGUGAGGGUUUUGCACGCGGAGGUGACUUGGAGACUAGUUGGCCUUGUGUCAAGUGUAGUUGGCCUAUUAUGUUAUGCUUUGAGCCCUUCUUUAAAUCAAUUAAUUGGUGGCUGGAACUCUUUCAAGAUUGUUCUUUACGCCAUGUUUUCUUUGAUUAUCGGUGCCACCAUAUUAUUUGGAAAGAAGUCUUCUCUUUCUGUACAAUAUGUUCAAUACAAAACCUACAUGAAAUUUGCAGUUUUAAUGAUCGUCUCAGUGUACUCAUUCUAUUAUGACAAUGCUGUGGCUGGGAAACCUGAAUUACUGAGUGUGGUUUCGAAUGCUGCGUUAGCUUUGAUGUCAUUAAGCUUGUCAAGACUGGUUAAGUUGGGAUUUGAGAUUGGUAUAUUUUCUUAUUUCCUAGGCUGUCUUGUGAUUCAAUUAUGGACCAUCGAUGGGAAGCUGAUUUUGGUAGCCAUAAUCUUCGGUUGUCCACUCUUUAUUAUGCAAUCCUCUUUGGAUUCUGAACCAGAAGUCUGCAAUGGAACUCAAGUUAUUAAUUCAGACUCCCAAACAGUGCUAACUAAUGGAGGCCAAGAUAUUCAUCCAAAUUCCCAAACAGUGCUAACUAAUGGAGGCCAAGAUAUUCAUUCCUCUUCAGAUGUCACACCAUAG